AUGCAUUCAUGCUCUCGCGUAACUUCAAGUACUGGAAAGAAAAGGAAAGUUACACCAAGAUGUGUUGCAGCUAUAGUGCACAAGGAUUAUCCGGGACUAUAUGAGACACCAACAGCGAAAAUCCUAAAAGGUCUGGUGCAAAGGAAAGUGGGUGUGGAAGUGUCGUAUACGACAUGUUUGAGAGGAAAAAAACUAGCUGUUGCGGAUAUUUGUGGUGAUCCCGAGAAGGGAUAUAGAAUAUUGCCUGCUUAUUUGUAUAUGUUAGAGAAGACGAACCCGGAUACAAAAACAAGUUUGGUAGUGGAUAAAGACAACCGGUUCAGAUACCUAUUUGUUGCGCUGGGAGCCUCCAUUGAAGGGUUUGAAUACAUGAGGAAAGUCAUCACUGUGGAUGCAACUUUCCUGAAGACUAUUGAAGGUGGUUGUUUAAUUAUUGCCACGGCUCAGGAUCCAAACCUUCACCAUUAUCCAAUAGCCUUUGCUGUGGUUGAUGGGGAGAAAAACGAAAGCUGGAAGUGGUUUUUCACGACGCUGAAAACUGUUAUACCGGAUUCGACGGAAUUGGUGUUUGUUUCAGACAGAAAUCCAAGUCUGAUAAAAGCUGUUUCUGAAGUGUAUCCGAUGUCUAAACAUGGGUAUUGGACGAGGUUGCACUACUAUUCCGAAAGGUUGCAUGUCUUUAUUCAGAGCCUGAGUUUAAAAAAGCAGUAUGACGAUUUUAGGGAGAGGUAUCCAUCGUGUGCUAGGUAUCUUGAUAAAAGUGUCGAAGUCGAACGGUGGGCGAAGUGUCAUUUCCCCGGUGCUAAUUACAACAUAGACACCUCUAAUUGUGCGGAGUCUUUGAAUGCGGUAUUUGAAAAGGCGCGAAGGAUGUCUUUAUUGCCUAUGCUUGAUACAGUUAUUGAGAAAAUGUCUGAGUGGUUCAACAGACAUAGGAAGGAUGCAGCAGAAGGACCGUCAUCUCGAAAAUUGGUUCCUUUGGUGGAGAACAAAUUGCAUAACAGAACACCGAAAGGUUCUAAACUUACAGUGACUCCGCUGAACACUUUUCAGCUUGAAUACAGUGUUAUUGGAGCAGACGGGAAGACUUAUUCCGUGGAUUUGCAACAUAAAACGUGCAGUUGCAGGAAGUUUGAUAUAGAUAAAUACCCAUGUAGACAUGCAAUAGGCGCUAUCAUUAAGUGUUUGAAGCAUGAUAGACCAUUACAGUUGAGUGACAUGUACGAUUUCAUUUCGAAAUAUUACUUCAUUACACUGUGGGCCAAAGCGUAUCGAAGGACUAUAUAUCCAGUCCCUCAUAUAACUCAUUGGAUGGUUCCAAAAGAAGUCGCGGCGGCGAAGUGUCCUCUACCUCCAGACUACAAGAAAAGAAAGGGAAGACAUCAGGAAAAAAGGCAUCCUUCGGCGGGAGAAAGUCGGCCCCGUCCCCGUCCUAAUAAGUAUAUCCCGAAUAGGGGUCUGGCUAGCUAUUUCAACUGCUCGCAGGGAACUGAAGGAACUGAAGGGGCUGAAGGAACUGAAGGAGCUGAAGGAACUGAAGGAGCUGAAGGAACUGAAGGAGCUGAAGGAGCUGAAAGAGCUGAAGGAGCUGAAGGAGCUGAAAGAACUGAAGGAACAGAAGGAACUGAAGGACCUGAAGGGACUCAAGGAACACAAAGCACUCGAGGAACUGAAGGACCUGAAGGAACAGAAGGAACUGAAGUGUUAUAUGAAUGUGAACCUUAG